UGCCGGUCUGAGCCACAACCAAGUGUUCGUUCCUCCAUCUUGCUCGGCCAGUGAGGAUAUCACAGGAUGGCUCUCCUCUCCGCACGACUUGCCGCCUCCGUGGCCAGACAGUUACCUAGGAGCACCCCUCAGGUGGCCAAGCUUCUGCCAGCAGCUUCUCUUGUUUCCCGCAAACUUUCUACCACCAAUGUUACCUAUACAGCAGAGGUGUCCACCAUCCUGGAGGAGCGCAUUCUUGGCGCUGCCCCCAAGGUAAACCUGGAGGAGACUGGUCGUGUCCUGAGUAUUGGUGAUGGUAUUGCUCGUGUGUAUGGCCUCAAGAACAUCCAGGCAGAGGAGAUGGUAGAAUUCUCUUCUGGCCUCAAAGGUAUGGCCCUGAACUUGGAACCCGACAAUGUUGGUGUUGUGGUGUUCGGUAAUGAUAAGCUCAUUCGUGAAGGUGACAUUGUGAAACGUACUGGUGCCAUUGUGGACGUUCCUGUGGGUGAAAGUAUUCUUGGACGUGUCGUUGAUGCUCUGGGUAAUACUAUUGAUGGCAAGGGACCCAUUACUGGAGGAAAGAGGGCACGUGUUGGUGUGAAGGCCCCUGGCAUCAUCCCACGUAUCUCUGUAAGGGAACCCAUGCAGACUGGCAUUAAGGCUGUCGACUCGUUGGUGCCAAUUGGCCGAGGCCAGCGUGAAUUGAUCAUUGGAGAUCGUCAGACAGGCAAGACUGCCAUUGCCAUUGAUACAAUUAUUAACCAGAAACGCUUUAACGAUGGUGCUGAGGAAAAGAAGAAACUGUAUUGUAUCUAUGUUGCCAUUGGACAGAAGAGAUCUACUGUUGCCCAAAUUGUGAAGAGGCUCACUGAUGCUGAUGCCAUGAAGUACACCAUUGUGGUGUCUGCCACUGCUUCUGAUGCUGCUCCACUGCAGUACUUGGCACCUUACGCCGGCUGUGCCAUGGGUGAAUUCUUCCGUGACAAUGGCAAACACGCUCUCAUCAUUUAUGAUGACUUGUCAAAGCAGGCUGUUGCCUACCGUCAGAUGUCUCUGCUGCUUCGUCGUCCCCCUGGCCGUGAAGCUUACCCUGGUGAUGUGUUCUAUCUUCACUCACGUCUUCUUGAACGUGCUGCCAAGAUGAAUGACACAAAUGGUGGUGGAUCUCUCACUGCCCUGCCAGUCAUUGAAACCCAGGCUGGUGAUGUGUCUGCCUAUAUUCCUACCAAUGUCAUUUCCAUCACUGACGGACAGAUCUUCUUGGAGACUGAGCUCUUCUACAAGGGUAUUCGUCCUGCUAUCAACGUCGGUCUAUCUGUGUCUCGUGUAGGUUCUGCUGCCCAGACUAAGGCAAUGAAGCAGGUUGCUGGUUCCAUGAAACUGGAGUUGGCCCAGUACCGUGAGGUAGCAGCUUUCGCUCAGUUUGGUUCAGAUCUGGAUGCCUCCACCCAGCAGUUGUUGAACCGUGGUGUCCGCCUCACUGAAUUGCUGAAGCAGGGACAGUAUGUACCCAUGGCCAUUGAGGAACAGGUAGCAGUCAUUUACUGUGGUGUACGUGGCCAUCUUGACAAGAUGGACCCCGCAAAGAUCACGAAGUUUGAGCAGGAGUUUAUGGGCAUGAUGAAAACCAGCCACCAGGACAUUCUCACCAGCAUUGCUAAGGAGGGGCUUAUCACCCCAGACGUAGACGCAAAGCUAAAAAAGAUCGUUGUGGAUUUCAUUUCCACUUUCCAGGGUUAAAUAAUUUAAGAGUGAGCGAGGUCUAGGUAAAAUCACAGGAUGUCCUUGUGUUGUCUUUGAGUGGCUUGAAAGUCGGGGUAUAAGUUGGAUAAAAAUUUAUCUUCAUAUUAUGUAUAUUAAACAUCACUCCCCAACUCUGUGCUUACUAUGAAAGUACACUCUGGUUUCCCAGUGUAUAUAUAAGCCAAUGUCAACUUGAGAAAGGAUUACGUAACUUAUGUAAACCAUUCUCAUACCACAUUUCCAUAUUUUUUAAUUAUUAUGGAGGUGACCAUGAUGUAUAUAGAUAUAUUGUCCCAGUGUUCAAUGAAAUUCCUCCAUAAAGCUUGUCAUCAAUGUCCCCCAUUGGUAGAUGGAUAUGCUGCACUAGUGUCAUGUACAGGUUCUCCAUAAUAAAUAAAGGAACAUUUUUC